UGGGGGCGGGGGAGGUAUUCUGAAAACCUUAUGGGCUGAUUUGCAAAUAAUACAAUUUAUAUUUUAUCCUCUUUUGUACCACCGCACCGAUCGCUCCGUCGGAACUCCAGACGCUUCACUGUUAAUCGAUGGCGUCGUGCGCUGUACCUCUCCUCCGGCAAUCACUUUUGUGUCGUUCGACGGUUCCAGAUUUGUACACUUUUUAUCCACCCGAAACGCCUCGGAGAAGAAGGAAAUCGAAGAGGUUUGGGGGUUUGACUUGGACUGUGAUGGCUGCCAAUGCUGUAAAAGGCGAGGCUGGUUAUGAUAAUCCGACUAGGUUGGUUACGUUUCUGGGUAAAGGCGGCUCGGGAAAAACAACUGCUGCCGUUUUUGCAGCUCAGCACUAUGCACUCAGCGGGCUGAAGACAUGUUUGUUGAUACAUUCUCGAGAUCAGACAGCCGAAUAUCUUCUAAACUGUAAGAUUGGAUCAUCAUCACCUAUCAAAUGCAACGACAAUUUGUCUGUCAUUAGGCUUGAAACAACAAAGAUGAUCCUGGAACCCCUUAAGCUGCUCAAACAAGCUGAUGCGCGUCUGAAUUUGACACAAGGUGUUCUUGAAGGGGUGGUGGGUGAGGAGCUUGGUGUACUUCCUGGGAUGGAUUCUAUGCUUUCUGCUUUGGAGCUGGAACGGCUUAUAGGAUUCUUUGGCAUUAUGACUCGGAGGAACACCGAGAAGGAAAAAUUCGAUGUGGUCGUGUAUGAUGGCAUAAGCACUGAAGAAACGAUUCGCUUGAUUGGUGCAACUAGUAAAUCGAGAUUAUACUUGAAAUACCUGAGAAGUCUUGCUGAAAAGACGGAUCUCGGGAGGGUAGCGGGUCCGUCCCUCUUGCGACUAGCUGAUGAAACCCUCAAUCUAAGUGGCAGUGGUGCCAAUCUAAAUGGAAAAAUCAGUUCCGAAAUGUGGGAUCUCCUGGAGCAAAGAUUAGAGAAAGCGUGUGCAAUCUUUGCAGAGCCUCGUAAAUUUGGCUGCUAUCUUGUGAUGGACCCGAGCAAUUCUUUGUCUGUAAGCUCUGCAUUGUGCUACUGGGGUUGUGUCAUUCAAGCCGGUGCUCAAAUAUCGGGUGCAUUUGGCGUAGCUCCGGAAGCUUCUGCCACAGAAGUAGCCGAAUUGAUGAAGCUCAAGUUUUCGCCUUUGCAUUGCACUUUCAUUCCGCAUCUCAAAAUCGGCGGCGAUCUCCAUUGGAACGAUAUCUUGUCGAGCAGUCAAAGCAACGACGCCCGGGCGCUACUUACUGACACUGCCGAGACGGCCUUCUUGUCUUCAGUGCAAUUCGAUCCGCCCAAUAAAACCGUGAAGCUUUUCAUGCCGGGUUUCGACAAGUCAGAAAUUAAGCUGUAUCAAUUUAGAGGUAGAUCGGAGCUUCUGGUUGAAGCCGGGGAUCAGAGGCGCAUCGUAAAGCUUCCGUCUCAGAUUCAGGGGAAGGUCGCCGGUGCCAAAUUCAUCGAUCGGACUCUCGUCAUCACUAUGCGAUGAUAGCUCUGAUUCAGGUUUGUUCUAAUCCGACAUCCUCUCGUACAUGUUUGUGUGAUUCAAAAACUGUUGUCAAUGGCCGUGGCUGUAAGGCUCGAGAUUAACACGGCCGUGUUGUGUACAAUGAGUAGAUUAUAUUACAGGUCGGAAAGCAGGCUUUGGUCGGUGUUGAAAUUGUUACAGCAAUUGCUUUGAUUUCUCAUUGGUAAAAUUUCAACUCUUGCAGCCGUAACGUUAGAAAUUUUUUCAAAGAAGUAUAUAUUAUUCGUACUAAAUUAAUUCAAAUAAUAAUUCAACAUU